CUGCCGCGGCCCCGGCGUCCCACCGGCCCCGGCGGCAGCAGCGCGUUGCUCACCGCAACGACUGACCGGAAUCGCUCCCGUCAGAUGUUUCCAUCGGUUGUGAAGAAGAAGAGUGGAGUCGGGACCUGCUAAGUGCUGAUCUGCUUGUGCUCCAGACCAUGGACUCAUUGAGGGUGUCCCAGGUGUGAAAAUGUCCAGCAGUAAUCGGGAGUUAGUGAUUGACUUUGUUUCCUACAAGCUCUCACAGAAGGGAUACAGCUGGAGUCAGCUGGAGGAGGAGGAUGAGAACAGGACUGACUUUGCAGCAGAGGAGGCCGAGAUGGACGGCGUCCUCAACGGGAGCCCCUCCUGGCACCCGCCCGCCAGCCACGUAGUGAACGGAGCCGCCAUGCACCGGAGCAGCCUCGAAGUCCAUGAAAUCGUUCAAACAGCUGAUGUGAGGCAGGCGUUGAGAGAGGCAGGGGAUGAGUUUGAGUUGAGGUACCGGCGGGCUUUCAGCGACCUCACUUCCCAGCUCCACAUCACCCCUGGCACGGCGUAUCAGAGCUUUGAGCAGGUAGUGAAUGAACUCUUCCGUGAUGGAGUGAACUGGGGUCGCAUCGUGGCUUUCUUCUCCUUCGGAGGAGCCUUGUGUGUCGAGAGCGUUGACAAGGAGAUGCGGGUAUUGGUGGGACGCGUUGUAUCUUGGAUGACCACGUACUUGACCGACCACCUAGAUCCCUGGAUCCAGGAGAAUGGCGGAUGGGAGCGGUUUGUGGACCUCUACGGGAACGAUGCUGCUGCCGAGGUGAGGAAGGGCCAGGAGACCUUCAACAAAUGGCUCCUGACCGGGGCGACGGUGGCAGGAGUGCUUCUGCUGGGAUCCCUGCUGAGCCGCAAGUGACCCGCCGCCGAAUCCCCCCGUCGCCAGGACGGCUGCGCCUUCACCGCCACAUCCACUACACUCCGCUCCUGAGCACCGUCACCGGCGCGGGGGGACAGCCCCUCCGCCUCCCGGGCGAGCGCCCCACUCCACGGAGCUUUCUCCCUCGUGCCGCCAGCUCCUUUUAUUGUAGCCCGUCUUAUUUACCGUUCCGUUGUGUUUUAAAGGCGCUGAGACCAAUGCAGCACUUCAGCCAACAGCUCCCAGCGCUGGGGAGAUCCAGGCAGCCGGGAGGAGUACCGGCUAGAAGGUGUCCCAGCCCUGCAGGGUCCUCUAGAUCACUUUGAAGAGAAUAAACAGACUUAUUUUUGCAUGUGUGAGUGCGUGCGUGUGUGUAGAUGUGUCACUAAUAUAAGGUUCCCCAGCCAGAGCAAGGGUCGAGGCUCCGUACCCCCAUCUCCAUCACGCUCAGGCCCCGGGAAGAGGUAGGCUGCCAAACGGGACGGAGCUUCCCUGCAGCAUCCCUAUGCCUUCCCCGCUUCAUCUGGGAAGAGCUCAUCCCUGCAGGGGUCGGGGGGGAGCCGGGAGGAAGAGGCAGAGGCUGGUGGUGUGGUGAUGAGCUCUGCCCUCACAUCAGUCCCUGAGCCUCUUUCUCCCUGGACAGCAGCUGCUGGGAGCUGAGGCCGGUCUCAGGUGAGGGUGGUGUGUCAGGCCCAGGGCUGUGCCUGCUUUGAAGGGUUCCUCCUCCUCUUCCUCCUCCUCCCUCUGAAUGUAGAUUGCUGUGGGGCAGUGUGCAUCCCUCCCCACACCUGCUCCUCCGCGCUGGCAAAGGAGGAAGGCAGGCGAGGGGGGAGAGCACUUUCCCCGGCCCUGCCCUGGAACAAGGGGCUCUGCAGAGAGCUGGGGCUGCAGUGUCCAGCAAGUGCAGGAAUACAGAGCCGGGGGGGUGGAAGCGGUGUCGAGGCGGGGGUGCGAUGCUCCUGCCCCUCAUGGGGGUGGCAGCAGGAGAAGGCAGAGCCCUGGGAGCAAUCCCACCGCAGCCGAUCCAUGGGGCCAGUGGCAGAGCGAGCCCAGGGGAGGUGGGAGCAAGGGCUGGCACCGGCUGAGAGCCGUCCCCGCCGCCGGAAAGCUUCUUUGGGGACAGUGGGAGCCGCUGGCUUCUCCUGUGCUGUCCUGGCUGCUGCCAGUCCCCAUAGCGCAGGCAGAUCCCUGUCCCCAUGGCGUGGCUGUGACGGGUGCAUGCAGUGGCAGAGGUGCCUGGCUCCCCCCCACCCCUCUUCCCAUGCGGCUCCUGCUGCCGCCAGGGCAGGGAACCUCCCGGGCUUUGACCUGAAAUUAGCUUCGAAAAUAACCCCUCAUCCUUCGGAGACGACCACCGGCAGACCCAGCUGUCCAUGCGGGCUUGUCUGUGUACAUACCGCCCGCGCUCUGCUGUACAUAUCCGAGUAGUUUUUAAUUCAUUUGUGAAUACUCUUAAUGCUAUUUUUGUUAUCUUGUCUGUCCAUAUUUAUGUGUGGGGCCGUGCUCCCUGCAAAGGCCAAGGUGGGAUAGAGGCGGGGAGGGGGGAACCGGAAGGUUUGGGGGGGGGGGUCCCACCUGGCCACCGAGCACGGACUUGCGCUCCCAGUGUAGGAUCCGCUCCCGGCACCCAUGGUGCUGAGAGCAGAUCCUACACGGGGAGCACGAGGAUUAGCAUUAGCCCAUUGAACG